CUGUUACUACAGAUAUUUCCUAAACUGGACCCACUUCAGAAAUGCUGUUUUUAUCUUUUCUUCAUACACUGAACAAUCAACAGAGGCACAAAACAUAUUUACAAUUCGUACAGAAAAAAUCUGGGAAAAUUCAGGUCUGAUAAAAGGGCAUUGACCCUGUGUUUCUCACCACAGAUGCUGCAUGACCUGUAACAACUGUCCGUAGAAGAUGAGUGAGCGCUUUGAUUGUGAUAACUGCAAAGAAUCCCUAUACGGCAGAAAAUACAUCCUCUCUGAAGACAGCCCCUACUGUAUCCCAUGCUAUGAUACCCUGUUUGCAAAUACAUGCGAUGAGUGCAAAGAGCUGAUUGGACAUGAAGCUAGGGAGCUGUUCUACGAAGACCGCCACUACCAUGAGCAUUGCUUCAGGUGUUAUCGCUGUGACAGAUCUCUGGCAGAUGAGCCAUUUACAUGUCAGGAAGAAGAGCUGUUGUGCAAUGAUUGCUACUGCAGUGAAUUCUCCUCAAAAUGUAUUGCUUGUGACAAGGUCGUCAUGCCUGGUACUCGGAAGCUUGAAUACAACGGCAGCACUUGGCAUGAAGGAUGCUUUAUUUGUCACACCUGUGAGCAGCCGAUUGGAUCCAAGGCCUUUGUUCCUGAUAAGAGUGAGAUUUACUGUGUGCCUUGCUAUGAGAAUCAUUUUGCUCCGCGGUGUUUCCGCUGCAAGAAGGCCUUGACCAAAGGAGGUGUUACUUAUCAUGAUGAACCUUAUCACAAAGAAUGCUUUGUCUGCAACGGGUGCAAGACUCAGCUGGCUGGCCAGCAAUUCACCUCCCGGGAGGAUUCUCCGUACUGCCUCAAGUGCUUUGGAAACCUGUAUGCCAAGAAAUGUGCAGCCUGUGCCAAGCCCAUCACAGGUUUCGGAGGUGGCAAAUACAUUUCCUUUGAAGAUCGCCAGUGGCACCAGAGCUGCUUCACCUGCUCACGAUGUUCAGCCUCGCUGGUGGGGAAAGGAUUUUUCCCUGAGAAGGAUGAUAUUCUUUGUCGUGAAUGUAACAGUGACUUAUGAAUUGACCACUGACACAAGUUCCACUCUUCUUGUAUUUUUCUACUCUCAAAUUGCACCAGUGCAGCUUUAGGCCAUUUAAAGCACAGUGUGUCUCUGCAAAUGCCUAUCCUUUCACACUUUUCUAAUGACGUUUUGUACAUGUCUAAACUUGUACAAUAAAGAUUUAACACAUUACUUGCUCUCCCUAAUGCCUUGCUACCUUGUCGGUGAAGCUCAGAAACUCUCUAGGGAAGAUGAACAACAGUAAAGUUAGUCUUUCAGUCAUCAAGUGGGGCAUCAAAAUGUUGCUUAUUCUAUAAAAUUAUCUAGCAUAGUCAUAUCACACAUCUAAAAUACUCAGCAGUAUAACAUUCCAAACAGUUCAAUAAUUUAAAGGCAUAGGGACUAAACUACAAAUUCGGUGAGGUAUAAAUGGCCAAUAUCAACAUCUUGCAUGUUACCAUUGGUUUUAAAUAAGCUGUGUGGACAUUUUUUCACCCGUCUGCAGCAGAUAGACAUAGAGUCAUGAACAGAGAUCUUUUGGCCCUGAGGUAGGGACACUCCCACUGCACCACAAGCGUCCCUUACCUUGCACAUGAAACUCUUGCCUAUAGGACAUCCUGCCUGAUUUUACUUUCUUACCAGGAAAGGUAAAUUAGGCUGGUGCAAAUAAUAAUCAAUCAAUCCAAUACCACUUAUUUCGUAACCUUUCCCAAGUUCAGAUGUUACCGAACCAUUCAGUCAUGAAGGACUCCCAUUUGAGCCCUGCACUGUGCUGAACUUGCUGAUCUCAAUCAUGCACAAGGGAGUUUGAAAAUGAGCCAAGGCCCUUACUAUUGAUCACUUUCUGGAGAUGUGGAGGUACAUGUUUGCGGAUGUCAGAAGAUAGAAUUGGACUUGGACUUCAUCCCCAAAACCAGCCCCUGAAAUUCACUGACUAGAGCCACAUGUGAAGAAUGGUAACUUAAUAAGAUAUUCAAAAAUCCCAACGAAACCAUUUGCAGAAUGAAACAUAGUCUUCAAAAGAGGAAGGAUGAGGUAGAGUGCUUCAGCGUUUUGUGAGAAAUUUUCACUUUGGAGCUGAGUGGGUAAAUCUUGAAUAAAUGUUGAACUGGCUCCUCGAUGUUCACUUUGCUCCAACUGGUUUUCCCAGGGUUUGGCUACAUUUCUGGAUGCAAGCGACCAAGUAGCAGGCAACAAAUUGACACCAAUAUAAUCCCAAUUAAUUGGCAUUUUCCAAGGGAAGUGGUAGUUUCCCAGAGGUGCAUGAGAUGCCUAUUACAUUGGUUACUCAUUUCUAAAUAAAAGGCAAGAGGACUUCAGGAGGUCAGAAAGAUCGCUACGUACGUAGGUUCCAUUCAGCACAUCUGCAGGCAAUGCUUUCAAGUGGAUGAGAUUCCCCUGCUGGUGGAUUAUCUUAUUCCUGGGAAUUGGGUUUGGGUUGCUGGUUCCAGCAUUAACAGUGCAUCUCCAUCUUGUAGCCUCCUAUUCCAUUUACCUGAGCCCCACACUCAUUCUGUCCAAUGGCCUUUCCUUCAAUCAUUUCGAUGGCCCUUCCCAUCUGUCUCCCCUCUUCCUAACUGGACAGCACUUGGGGAUGUUGCUUCUUAAUUGGCCACUGACCACAUUACAGGUCAGAAACAAAAACAGAAGUUGCUGGGAAAGCUUAGCAGGUUUGGCAGCAUCUGUGAAGAGAAAUCCGAGUUAAUGUUUCAGGUCUGGUGACCUUCCUCAGAACAUCAGAGGUCAUGCUGUUGAAACAAGUGGGGUCAGAUCCCAAAAAUGGUCCUGACUCAUUGCAAAUUUUUCCAGUGAAGAGCAUUCUGUCCUUUUGUAAUGCCUUUUUUCUAGCCCAUCCUGUCAGGAUGUUGCAGUGUUUGUUUUUGUGACUUAUCUCAUUGAGUAAAUGAGCAAUGAGGUAAUUGAUUUUCAUUCAACUAGGUCGCUCUGAACUUGGUGGAAGGCUUUUUUCCCAUUUGGUGAAAAGCAAGAGAAUGGUAGGAGUGGAAUACCCUGAGCAUCAUACAUCAUACAUCAAGGUGGAUGGGUUUGUCUGUGGAUCUCUGAAGAGACUUGUGACAGCAAAAGUGUCCAGCAGAGAGAGACCAGGGACAACAGAGCGAGAGAGCAUUAUUUUAUGCAGUGGAGGGGAAAUUCAGGACCGAUAUCUAGAACUUUAUCGCAAAAUGGUGAUAAUUAUUUGGAAUCUAUUGUUGGAGAUGUAGUUAAGACUCAACAGUAGAUUGGUGUGUAAGAAACCAUUAGAUGAUGUAACAGAAAAGUAGUAGGAUAAAACAGAGAGCUGAAGAUCUGAAACAAAAACAAUUUACUUGAGAAAUUCAGCAGGUCUGGUAGCAUUUGUGGAGAGAAAGCAGAGUUAAAAAGUUGAAUAGGGUUUAAUGCAAAGAAAAAUAGGAUUGGUUUUCUGAAAGGAUGACAGCAAAUGACUGAAAAGGACGUGUUUAUUGAAAUCUAUCUUCUGAGAAGAAUCACCUCCAUUGUUCUUCUGUUGUGCAACAGAUGUGAGCUCCUCCUUAUCUACAGUACAUCUUGUCAUCAGGGCCAUUGCAAAUCAGAUGUUUGAGGUGUCCACUAAGUAGAUUUUCAGAAUCAGUUACAUUGUUAAUUAACACAGAUCAACCAGAAUUUACAUUAACUCAUUCACUAAUAAGGCACCUUAUGUAACUUUCUCUUGGUUCUUAUUAGAAAGGCACAGAAUAUUUUGGAACAGCCGUAAAAGACAGAAAUAAAUUGUUAUGUGGUGGAUGACCAUGAUCCUUGGUCUACAAGUAGCCCAGUUUAAUCUCCCAUUUUCCCUGCUCCAAGGAUCAAUUAUCUCCAGUCACUUGAUCAUUGCUCACUUGAUCACCACUAAUUCCAGUUGUGGGAUUCAAAUGGCUGUUCAGCUGGAAUAACCCCAGCCAUUAUGCAACACUUGUGCUGACAAUAAGCUGACUAAUUUGGGCUACUUGUUAAAAUCAAAAUGGAAAGUUGAGCAUGUCAUACCUGUCAGUAUUUACAGAAAAUGCAAGUGAUCUCAGAUGGGUUUGGCCAUUAUUUGACUGGGGGCAUGAAAUGGCUCAGUUGUUUCAAAAAUGCUCAGAAAUGCCUGGUUGCACUUGCCACUGCAUUGAUUGGACAAAUAGACCAAGUAACAAGAAAAGGAGACAGACUGUUUUACACCUUAUAUGGAAAGUCUCAGUCUGUUUGCACAAGAUUUAAUGUUGAGACGACAAGCUGUGUUUGGAAUUUUGCAUCUCUCAUAAUAUUGAAAUAGAAGCAGUUAUGCUUUCCCAUAUAUGUCUUGACUAUAAUCUGAGAGAGAGGGUGCACCUUGUGGGUAACGUUUACUGUUGAGUUAAUCAAAGGUAUUGCUAUUAAUCAGUUUCCUUAAGACUGUACAUUUAACUGAGUUAAUUGGGACAUAUUUGGAAAUCACUAUAAGCAAAACUUGAAUACGAGCAGAGUUGUGUAAUACAAAUUGUGGUUCAGCUGUGUUUUGUCAGUAAUUUUAAAGAUAUUAUUUGAAGACAAAAUCUAGAGUUUAUUUCCUUUUAUUUUAACCACAUGCGCAACCUCCUGCCCAUAUUGAGCACCCUAUUUACUGACCACUAUACAAGAUACGCUAUUACAUUUUGGUGACAGUUCACGAUUAAGUUACAUUUCAGUUGUUGAAAAGUAGGUGGAAUAAAGGAUUGCAAAUAUGAACAUCCCUGCAGUGUUACUGGCUUCAUUCUAAAGGCUUACUGUAAAUAUGAAGCCCCAUUUAUACCAAAUGGAUUAGAGCUGAUAGAUUUUCAAUUGCACCCUGUCUUAGAUUCUAGGGUUUGUGUCUUGGUGUUCACAUGUACAGCUACAGUUCGAAUAUAUCACAUCCAUUAUAUUAUUUAUCAUUACAAUUGUUUUUGAAGAAAAUCACAAAUGCUCCCAACCUGACAUUCUGUACAAUGGUGAAUCCCCUGGCAGCAAAAAGUGAUGGGCAGCAAGUAUUGAGGAUUCAAUUUUGAAGUUUAUGACUGGUUUGUGAAUCUUUCUUGGAGGGUACAUUUGUGUGAUGCUGUAUCUGUGAGAUGGAUAUUAGCAGGUGGGAGCACAUGAUGAAGUUGCUUAACAUUGGUCUAUUGGUAUGGCGCUACUGAUGCUUUAGAAUGGCAUUCAGUGUGGGUAUUCCAUUCACAUUGUUGAAAGAAGAGGCUGUGUAGUGAAACGGCACUGAAUUGUUGCAAACAACACAAAAUAAUUGAUAAUCCAGUAUCUUUCAUUUCAUAGAGAAUAAGAGUGAUUACUCAAAUAGUGCAGCGGUCAUCUUGCUAUAUAGAUCCAGGACAAUCUUAGUGUCUAAGCUCAGAUGCCCUCAGCAAACAUGCUAGAGAGGGAAUAAUUAGCCUGCGAGCCCAUUUCUAAUUACUGUAGACGACUGUUAUUGGGAGUAGCAAGUGAGGACAGGAUUGGGUGUGAUGUAAUCAGAUGCGCAUUAUUAAUAUGCAAGGUUAUCUUAGAUGAGCUGAUUGUAUCAUUUUUGUGGAGACACAUCGACUGAAGGAGUGUAAUCAAUAAAUAGCAUUCAUACUCAACCGUACCAUGGAUGUAAGGUUAGCUCCUUUAAUUCGGAAAGAUUGUUCCCAUUAUCUCUGGGGGUGACCAAUCUCCAGUGGGUUUUUUCCUGCCUAAGUCCUUUCAGCACCCCAGGAUAUUCAAUUUGAUUGUCCAUCUAAACGACAGGCUUAGGAAGAGCUAGCUCUGCCAACACUGUUCAUUCCUGUUAGUAUUGUUAACAGAGAAUGAGAAUGAUAAAACAAGAGAUGGCAAGACCCGAAAUCAUGCUAUUUAAAGGCUGUCUAAUUUCUUGCCUGUGGUGUCUUAGUGAUGGUUGCCAUGCAAUGGUUCAUACAUUCCAGCUUGUUAUACCCAUUUAAAGUUCUCUUCAUGUUACCACUAAAAAUGUGUAAAAUUGCCAAACAUUGUUGGUGUGUGCAUUUUUUAUUUGUUUCUCUUCUAAUAGUGUUUUCUUGUUUUUAAUAUGUGAUUUGUAACCUAAUACUAUUGAAAGUGGUGGGCCAGUCCCACAAGUCACAAGAGUUUACAUAUAACAGAAUGUUAUGCAUGUUUCUUUUAUUAAUCACCAAAGCAAAGUUCAUAUAUAACACUAUUGUAAAAGCUUUGAUGCUGGUAAGUCAGAGUAUACUGUGUAUUGAUUAACAAGUGAGCUGUGAUCAGCAGCAUGCAAUGUCUGCUUUAUAGUGUAGUUGUCCUGUCUGACUUACAUUUUCAUUUAUGUGUUUCUAAAACGCUUACACAAUAAAAAAAAAUAAACAGCA